UUUCGCACUCUCAAGUCUAUCGAGUUUUGUAAACAAUAAUCAAUCUCUGCAGCGUUCCGAGCUCAAUUAUAUCGUGCGAAAUGUUUCCGUUGAACACGACGCCGACUGCGUGUCGACGGCAUCUUGAAAAUCCCUCACCUAUCAUAAAUCAUAUCGAAUUCAUAACUGACUCAAUUUUUUGGUUAUUUUCGCGCUUUCGCACGAAAAAGCUGAGCCCGCUUCGUUGUAGAUUCUGGCAUAUUUGAACAGACAUUAGUAUCUGAUUAGCCAGCAAAAUGUUGUCGGAGCAAGCUAUUCUAACCGAGCAGCUGACUACUGGCACAGAAUCGAUGCCGCUCGGCUUCAUAAUAUCUGAUGAUGGCAGAACUCUUCUGGCAGUCACAGAGCGGGAUGACGGAAUUCUGGAAUUCAUGUCUGUACCGGUGACCAUUCAGCAAAGCAACGUGAUUACAGCAGCUCCGAUGAAAACGACCGAAGGAAGUUCUAUAUUUCAAGUAACGCUCGAAGCUAUGGGUGCGGAUAAUGCAGCGCAACAGGCAGCUCUAUUUACGACACAGGGUUACCAGACCAUCCCUGUUUUAACCGAACCGGAGCAGCCAUCUUUUGCCCCAAAAGCCAUUGAACUGAACGCUGGUGGCACUACCGUCGAACUCACCCCUAGCGCGACAGAAAUUAACAGUUUACAAACAAAAAAUUUUGAAAUAUUCGAAACCCCUGUGUCCUCUGCUCUUCCACUUCCUCCACCUGUUGUCAAACGAAGUCCUGGCAGACCGAGAAAGGAUGGAAGUACACCACCUUCGGCGCAUCCGAAUAACCUCAAGUGUAAAAUAUGUGGUAAAGGAUUCACCAGACUAAUGUUACUUCGAAGACAUACCGAGCAACAUGCAGAAGAGAAACCGCAUCGUUGUCCGAAAUGUCCCGCAUCUUUUAACGUUCCUACUAAUUUUACGCUUCAUAUGGCGACGCACAAUAUCGGUGAACCAAAGUGUCCAGAAUGCGGUCGAAAGUUCGCCCGAAUGGCGAGCCUCAAGUCUCACAUGCUGCUGCACGAAAAGGAGGAGAACCUAUUCUGCACGGAGUGCGAAGACGCCUUCACGACGAAGGCACAACUUGAUGCCCAUUUAAAACUGCACAAUGAAAAAUGGACCACAGACGAUGUUAGAAAGUGUAAACUGUGCAACAAACAAUUUACACAGCCGGCACUUUAUCGUCUGCACAUCCGCGAACACUAUAGAUUACAAACGAAAUUAGUAAAGCAGACGAAGAAAGGGGUCAAGCAGAAGACCAUGUACAAAUGUAAAAUAUGUUUGAAAUCGUUUCAAAAACCGAGUCAGCUUGUACGCCACAUAAGGGUUCACACUGGGGAGAAACCAUUCCAGUGUACAAUUUGUACUCGAGCGUUUACGCAGAAGGGAUCCCUUCAAAUACACAUGUGGAAACACAACGGAUUUCGACCGCACAAUUGCAGCUUUUGCAACGCAAAAUUUAGCCAAAAAGGAAACUUGAACGCUCAUAUACUCAGAGUCCAUAACGUGCCGGAUGGCAAGCCUUACUACAAAUGCACGUACUGUCCUUGUACAUUCAAGAAACUUGGAAGCCUCAACGCCCACAUGAAGAAAAUGCAUUCAAAUCCGAAACCACAAAGCUGUGUCAGCUCAACAGAAGACAUGCAAGCGACUGUCGAUACAGUCAUGUCUCAGCUGGCCAUGCUUGAAUCUGGAGUUAAAAAUCCAGCCGAUUCUACGGCAAACAGUUCUCCAAAUAAGGACAUACUGCAACAAGCUUUGAAGAACAGUGGAUUACCCAGCAAGGACAAAGAACCGGCUCCAGAGGUGCAAACACCCAAGAAGGGUGAAGCACAGACCACUAUGGUCACCUUACUGGACAGCAGUAUAGACAGUGCUACGAGAAAAUAUGUUACGAUCAAGCAACGCACCAUCGGAAAUACAAGGUGGUAUACUUGUUCUUAUUGCCACAAAGAAUUCAAGAAACCGUCGGAUUUAAUACGCCACUUACGUGUUCAUACGCAGGAAAAACCGUUCAAGUGUUCAUAUUGUUCCCGGUCUUUCGCAGUGAAAUCAACGAUGAUCGCACACGAGAGGACGCACACGGGAGUAAAAAAGUACAUGUGCUGUAAUUGUAACAAAAUGUUCGCAUGUCAUAGCAGUCUCACGACACACAUGAGGAUUCACGCGGGUGUGAAACCAUUCACGUGCAACAUAUGCGAUAAAUCUUUCAGUGCUAACACCCUACUUAAAAGCCACAUGAAAUCUCAUGCGAAAACGAAAACAAAACCAACUCCUCAGACGGAAAUAAUCGCUCCGUCUAUAGUGCUUGAGGAACCGUUAAUCAUCACAGACGCUGGGAACAAGAUCAGUAUUGCUCAGGUCCAGUCAAAACAUCAGCAAGUUUAUAAUAGUAACGACGUUGCCAGGCCUCACAAGUGCUGGGUUUGCCCUGCGGCAUUUAGAAAAAUGAGCCACUUGAAACAGCACUAUCGAAGACACACUGGAGAGCGACCGUAUAAGUGUCAAAAAUGCAACAGGAAGUUCACUUCUAACAGCGUACUGAAAUCUCAUUUGCAAACCCACGAAGGGUCAAGACCUUAUAAUUGCUCGAUGUGUAGUGCGAAAUUUUCUACACAAAGCAGUAUGAAACGGCAUCUAGCUACACAUAGUAAUAAGAGACCAUUCAUGUGCCCUUACUGUCACAAAACAUUCAAGACGUCGGUGAACUGUAGGAAGCACAUGAAGAUACAUAAACACGAACUCGCACAGCAGCAGUUGAAUCAGCAGCAGUCGGGACAGCAACAGCCUAAUCAGCUGCAGGAUAAACCGGCAAUGACGGUACUAUCCGAAAAUUUAACACUACCUGAAGAAAUGGAAGUCACAUUCCAACCGCAAAUGGCACCCGAUUUUUCGCAAGCAUUCUCCGAUCAGUUUCACACUAUUGCAGUUGAAAAAGAUAAACCGUUGAUCCCUCAGAACAAUCCGAUACAAACGAUCGUUAACCAAGCCCAGCCUGCUGUCGAACCGAUUAAUUUAGGCCCAACCCAAACCCUGCAUGCGGAUGAAACUGGAACCAUAACGUUACCCAAUUAUUCUGGGGACCAGACACUCACGCCGGAAAGUAUUCGCGAAAUUGAAGAAACUUUGAAUCAGCAACUGUUCAACAUUGGUAUGAACCUUGGACUGGGAGGAAAUUUGACCAGACAGAUAAGCGAGACAGCGCCGAACUCCCUAGAACAACGAGAACAACCCAUUUUAAAUAUUAUUUACGAAAACUCAAAGAACGUAGAGACUUCUACCAGCGGUACAAUAAACAGUGGAAUAUUUGCACCACAGUUUGAUUCCUUCGACAUGAGCCAUAUCGCACUUCAGGGGGAAAACGAGAUGGACAUUGGUAUUACUCCAGCUAAUUCAACAAGUAUGGCAAGUAUCUUGCCUAGAUCUGCUCAGGAAGAGCAGCAUUUAGUGUCUGUCACAACGACGACAUCGAUGCCGGAUGAUAGCCAGUCGAAACAACCGCGACAUUUGAUGGUUGUUAGUUCUAUGCAAUCGUGUCCUGAAUUAUCUCGUCCUGUUCAAGCCUGUCCAAAAUAUCCAAAAGUUAUAGCCAAAGCAGAUACUACUGACGGCUUGGACGUACCAACGUCAGAAGAAACGGUCAAGGAUAUCGCCGUCCAAGCUGAAUCUUUGUUGCCUGAAAAACCAUCGCAAAUUCCUUCCUACAAAUGCAAAGUCUGUGAUAAAACUUUCAAUAAGCAAAGUCAGUUAAGAACUCACAAAAAGAUUCACACAUUGCAAAUGGCACAAAAACCUGAGGAUAAGGAGCUAGCAUCUGUCGCAGAAUCAGAAAAUCUAUUGCAAUGUCACAUGUGUAGUAAAACAGGACUCACCGCAGUCGCUUUAAAGGAUCAUCUUAAAACACAUAAAGGCGUCAAAGAAUUUCAGUGCACAGAAUGUCCUCUAAAGUUUUGCACGAAUGGAGGACUUAGUAGGCAUUUAAAAAUCCAUACAAAUAAAAUAUUAUGGAAGUGUGCAACGUGCGAUCUGACAUUUCAAAAUAAGACUCAAUUGUUACUUCAUGAAGAAUUCCACCAAAAUAGCACAAGUUUAAAUACCGUAGAACCGGACAGUUCGCAAAAGGAUCCGUUGACAAUAGACGGCAACUACUUGGCCCCUCCUCAUAUACGAUUAGAAGACAAUUCUAUUAUUUCGGAAAAAGUUCUUAUGGAUGCAGUGGCCGAGAAAGAGACAGAAACCGAUUUGAAAAAGGACAAAAAAGUUUACACAAACAAAUGCAAAUACUGCCCGAAAACUUUCCGGAAACCAAGCGAUCUCGUUAGACAUAUCAGAACGCACACAGGGGAGCGACCUUAUCAAUGCGAGUAUUGUAAUAAAUGUUUUGCUGUUAAAUGCACACUAGAUUGUCACAUGAAAGUACAUACUGGAAAAAAGACAUUCUCAUGUCACGUUUGCAACAGUCUUUUCACAACGAAAGGCAGUCUUAAGGUCCACAUGCGAUUGCAUACUGGAUCCAAACCUUUCAAAUGCCCAACGUGCGAUUUACGGUUCAGAACAUCAGGGCACCGAAAAGUGCAUUUACUAACCCACAUGAGGGAGCACAAAGAUCCCUCGAAGCCAAAGCCAAAGGUGCGAAAAAUUGCUGCGAUAGCUGGUGUAGCUGCCGAACUCGAAAGAUCGGUAGGAAAUAAUGUUAAUGCCGAGGCGACGGGGCCUCAUGCCGAAGAAUAUGGGAAUAUCGAUUCGAUUACGAUUGAGACUAACGCAUUAACUGAAAAUAUCACGCCCCACAUUACUUUCAACGCAGACGGAACGAUAUCGAACAAUAACGCAAUGUUGUCAUUAAACGAGAGCAAUGAGCUUGUCGCAAAUCUCCAUUUCCUCCUUGCUCACGGGUUGGUAACUAUCCAAUCUGACGACCCGAUGUUACAACAGAUGCCUGAUGCUGAGACGAAUGUUAUACAAAAUGGAACAACCGUUGAAGCGCUCAUAGAUCCGGAGUCUUUAAGAGCGCCGACGCAAUCUCUGAUAAGUAAUACUGAAAUGAGUGAUUCGAAUUCGCAGCCAGUUUUAUAUGAGACUGAGAACAUGGAAAAUGGCGGCACCGAGUCGCACGGGACGUUGGAACUCGAUGACUGCAUGCAAAUAGAUCCAGGGAAAAUAGCAUCCUUGUCGGAUCCUGAGGAAAGUAACCAGAAACUGACAAUUGAUAGAACGCAAUUUAGAAGAGAAUGCGAUAUUUGUGGUAAAAGUUUUCUUAAACCGUGCCAGGUUGAGCGGCACAAGCGUAUUCACACUGGAGAAAGGCCGUAUAAGUGCAAUUUAUGCUCUAAAUCAUUUACGCAAAAGAGCACGUUAAAAAUACAUCAAAAACAUCAUACAGGGGAUAGACCAUAUCCAUGUCCUCAUUGCGAUUUUUCGUUUAGCCAGAAAGGUAAUUUGAAAACGCAUCUAAAACGUGUUCAUCAGCUAGACACGUUGGUGGUAAAAAAAUUGCGGAGAGGGCAGCAUCUACUAAGUGCUAAAAUAGAACAAGAUAAUUUAGAAGAUGACAGGAUAAUAGGACUGGAAGAUAUUUCGUUUGCUAACAUUCACUGAUAACGAUCCUACUCGGUCUUCUACCGUAAUUGGAUUGAGUCAAACCGCGCAGUAUAUCUGUUACGAAAGCCAAAGAUUGAGCAAAAGACUGAAGUCACGUGUAUCAGCCUCAUAAUGCAAACGUUUAAUUUUAUCUUAUUCGCAUAUCCAGAUCCAAUAUCUCCAUAACUUUGAAUCACCUAAUUAGAUAUCACAGAUCAAAAGGACUGGGGUACAUUUGUCCGUGUGUCCUGAUUUACGGCCCGUAAUAAAUUACAUUUCAAUUUGUACAAAAUUUUACAAUCAAUGUAGUAUGUAUGUACAAAAUUCUCGUCAAGCACUACUCCCAAUCUCAAAAUUAAUGGUUUUUUUUGGCAUACGUUUAAAAUGAGAAGUUUGUACCUGUCACAUUCCAUGUCGACUAUCUGAAAAACUAAUACGAAUGAAAAGUACGCUAUACAACACUAAUGAAAAUGGAAUAUGUAGAUUAUAAAUUGCAAUGAGCCGCACUCUCCGUACCCAAUUGGGCUUUCUUACGACCGAUUUUUAUUACACUACCAGUAUGUGCAAUGAAAAAUCACGCAUGAGUGAAAUAGCACGCUACACAAAAAAACAACACAUUUGCUAGUAGCAUUAUUUGAGACUUACAUUCACACUUUCCGCAAUUUUUUAAUCGAGGUCGAUACAGUGAUCACUUCGUUGCUUCACAGCUUUAUUUUAUGUUAUGACUAAUUUUAUAUAGUUAUUUGAUGGUCGUUUAAAUGUCAUAUUAAUUUUAUUGGGAACGAACGUCAAGGCGGGGCCUAGCAAUAUGACAAUAUUUAGUGCAAGUUGUGAAGCUUUAGUUGUUCAACAAGGAAUCAAUGUACCGCAAAAAAAAACGACGGUAGAGUUCUUUAAAAAUGAAAUAUGUCCCACUUAGAGCAACGCUAGAGCAAGGCAUUCUGGCAGCAGAUGUCACAACGCCAUACUUUCGUUCCCAAUAUCGAACAUUCUAGUUCCCAUAUCUCCUCGUGCCUUCCAUUCUAAUACAUAAUACAUUAGCUAAUCACUACUAGGUAUUUAUUAUGCAUUUAACGAAUGAUUGAAAUAUUGUUGUUUUAUUGAGCAAUUCAAUCUGCUUUGCAAGGAAAUAGAAGGUAAUUCAAUUGAAUAUCCGAAAUCUAAAAAUUCGGUGGCAGAUGAAGUAUGUAUACAUAUAUGAAGCUUAUCUCUCACAAACAUGCACUUUGUCAUAAAAUGCUUAGCUAAAAAGUUUACAGCAAUCAAUCGUUGAUCAACUUGAACUGCAAACUGCGAACCACAUUUUUUCGUAAUUGAGAAAUAUUUAGCAGUCUUAUAUGUUAUUACUAAACUUACGUAAUAGAAUUGCUGGAAGUUUAAUUACUUUUUAUAAAUGUAGCUUUACCAACUACAGGAAAGGAACUAUACGCACAACGCAUGUAUAUUGAGGAUGGUAUUCACUUUCGCGUGAAGUAGGCGUACUAAGCACAGCUGUGUAUAUAUUGUAUAUUGUCGUUAUAAGUGAACUAUGAUAUAGCACUAAGUUUGAAAUAGAAUUGUUUAUAAUGUAAUUUGUCUUUGUAAAUUGUACCAUCUAUGUACGAUAAUAAAAUACAUUUUUUAUCACA